GCAUCGAGCAGGACUAGCAAGUCAAUUCACAUCACACCGGAUCCAUCCAUCGUCGGAAACCAUGGCGGAUCAGCUCAAGAGCCGGCGCGUGAUCCUCAAGGAGUACGUGGAGGGCUACCCGACGGAGGAGCACAUGGAGCUCCUCCCGGCCGCCGACGUCGACCAGGCCGCGGCGGCGGCGGCGGAAGACGGGUCGGUGCUGGUCAAGAACCUGUACCUAUCCUGCGACCCCUACAUGCGGCCCAAGAUGUCCCGCCCGCUCGGCCAGUCCUCCUACACCUCCGCCUUCGUCCCGGGCUCCGCCAUCACCGGCUACGGCGUCGCCCAGGUGGUCCGCUCCUCCCUCCCCGCCCUCGCCCCCGGCGACCUCGUGCGGGGCAUCACGGGCUGGGAGGACUACAGCGUCAUCAGGCCGCCCUUCACGGGCCUCCUCGCCAAGAUCCAACCCGACCACCACGGCGUGCCGCUGUCCUACUACACGGGCAUCCUCGGCAUGCCGGGCCUCACCGCGUACGUGGGGUUCCACCACAUCUGCUCCCCGAAGGCCGGCGAGGCGGUGUUCGUGUCCGCCGCCUCCGGCGCCGUGGGCCAGCUGGUGGGGCAGUUCGCGAGGCUCACGGGGUGCCGCGUGGUCGGCAGCGCCGGGUCCGACGAGAAGGUGGAGCUGCUCAGGACCAAGUUCGGCUUCCACGACGCGUUCAACUACAAGGCCGAGGACGGCGACCUCGCCGGCGCUCUCAGGCGGCGCUUCCCCGACGGCAUCGACGUCUACUUCGAGAACGUCGGCGGGAAGAUGCUCGAGGCCGUGCUGCUCAACAUGAAGACGCACGGCCGCAUCGCCGUCUGCGGCCUCAUCUCGCAGUACAACCUCACGCCGGGCGAGAAGGAGGGCGGCGCCGGCGUGCGCAACCUAGAGUGCGUCGUCACCAAGCGCAUCCGGAUGCAGGGGUUCAUCGAGCCCGACCACAAGCACGUGUACCCGGAGUACGAGUCGUGGGUGGUGCCGCACAUCAGGGAAGGCAGGGUCGUCUACGUCGAGGACGUCGCGGAGGGGCUCGAAGCCGCGCCCAAGGCGCUCAUCGGACUAUUCCAUGGUCGCAACGUCGGCAAGCAGGUCGUCAGCAUCGCUGCUCCACAGACUUAAUUAGCUCAUGAAUCUUAUCUUUCGGAGUUGAACGUUGGUGUGCAUUAUAGUUAUGCAGAGAUCGAUUGUAAUGUUCAAACCAUUCGAGUAAUAAAUAAUCUUUAUCGCAAA